AUGUAUAGCACAUCCAAACACCUAACAACAAAACUCAAAUUUGCCCCGUCUCUCCCAUCAAUUUCAAAACAAAUAGACACAACGAGUCCACUUUCAUCCCACUUCACCCGUUUUUCACCCGUAUUUCUUCGAUCAAUGCCUUUGUACCCAUUAUCUAGCCUGCACACCACUCAAACUCAUCUAUCUACCUCCAACACUCUUUCCACAAUUAACAUGUCCGUCACCGUCUCCAAGAAAACCAAGGUGGCCGAUCUCAUAAAUUACCGUCUCCGAGUAUCCAUUCUCGACGGAAGAGCCUUCACGGGCCAGCUCCUAGCCUUCGACACACACAUGAACUUGGUUUUGGCAGACACAGAGGAAUCUAGAAUCACCAGCAAGGCGUACCUGGAACUCGUCAAGAAAUCGAGUGGGCAGGCCAAAGUGGAAGAAGAAAAGCGGUUUUUGGGCUUGGUGAUCUUGCGUGGUGAACAAGUGGUCAACAUCACUGUCAAGAGUGGUCCAACCUCGGAUAUCAAGAAGCGUCUUUCGCAGCUCAAGCUGGGCAAUGGUGUCUCGAAGCCUUUGAGGACUCCUGUGAGUCAGAAACUGAAGCUCAAGGGGCCUGUGAAGAAGACUGCAACGUAG